AGGUGCCAGUUUUUAACAGUGCGUUAAAAACCAUGGAAGGAAGUAAAACAUCAUUAAAAAAUGAAGUUUGCUACUUUUUUCAUAAACUUAAGGAAACCUGGUUUGAAUAUUUAGUUCUUGUUUUCAGCAUAAUCGUGGCAUGUGCUUUCUCCUCUUUAUCCAUCAAAGCCUAUCUAUCCGAUCCUGGGUUUAACUCUGUUACUUACUCCAUCAACAUGAACAAGAAUGGAAAAGAACCAAUUCUUACUAUAAAAUUUUGUGAUGAAGCACCAUGGGACUUUACAAAGGCUGCGAAGAAUGGAAUUUCUCAAGAAUUGGUCUCCUAUAUGACCUAUUUACUCCAACCCUAUCCAGACAACAUGAAGAAAAUGACUGCAGAAAAAAGGGAUCAACUUCGAACUGAAUACUAUCACCAUCUAAAUUCCGUCAACAAUGACCUGCACAAGCUUCUGGACCUUGUCACGUUUACUUGUGAAGAUUAUGUCAUCAGCACUCAAUCCAGCUAUGCCAGUUGCACAAGAGACUUCCCAACCUAUCACUACAGCAUUGGUGGUAAAUGCUUCGCCAGCCACGGACCCUUUUCUGGACAUGGAAAAGCAAUCAAUCUUGACUUCCGCUCCAAGACUUCAAGAAUUAAUAAAAUUGACCUUAACAUAGCCAGCGAUGAUGCUGCUUUCUAUUCUAACAUGUUUGUUCAUGUUUACGAUGAAACGAUGAACAUGUAUGCUUUGGCAUACAAGGAACUAACACCAUUAAAAAUCAAUGGCUACACAAUUGUUUUGGUUGAAAAGCAGACAAUUGAGAGAACAAAUCAGCACAGAGCUAUAGAAGAUUAUCAAUGCAAUAAUGAUCUAGCAUACAGGCAUGAAGACUGUGUUAGGGAAAACAUGCAGAAAACUUCUGUGCGAAAGUUUAACUGUUCCUUCAUAUUAUUUGGACAAAAACUACAGGGCUCAAAAUAUUGUGAUCCAGAAGAUAGUUCAAAAAUUGGAGAGUCCGUGUGGAACAUUAAAGCUAAAGUGUAAACAAAACAAAUAAAAUUAGUAAAAGUGAGGACUUCAGUUUUAUUAAUUUGUUUAGGAAUGAUUCAGUAUGUCCGGUCCAGUGUAUUGAAAGCUACUAUGAUAUCACACUGAAGACUAUUGAUUUAUCAUUUAAUAAUGAAGGAAGAGACGAGUCUUUUCAGUAUGCUGUUAUUUCCUACAAGCAUACUUCUGAAAUAAUCACUGUCAACACAGGAAAGUCGUUGGUUGAUGUUUUUGCUGCCAUUGGUGGAAUACUGGGAAUAUGUUUUGGAACAUCUUUGAUAACAAUUGCAGAGAACAUAACAAUCUUAGUUCGGAGAUGUAAAAAUAAGUUAGU